GCCAAUGGAUCCGUUCACCCAAGGCUUAUGAGGAUGAAGGGUGCUGGUGUUGUUGGUGUGUACCACCCAUUGAUUGAUGAGAAGCUUGUGAGAAAUCUGCAUGGGAGAAAGAAGAAAGUGUAUGCGUGGACUGUCGAUGAUGUGGAUUCCAUGCAAGAAAUGUUGUCCGAGCACAUUGAUGCCGUCGUAACGAGCAACCCAACUGUACUUCAAGGUCUAAUGCAAGAUAUCAAAAGAGAGUGUCUGGAGCACGGUUUUUCCUUAUCAGAAUAGCACCUGUCUAUUUCAAGUAGCGGAACAUUUGGGCCAAAAACAAAAAGGGAAAUUGGUAGUGGACUGUUUUGAAAAUCUCAAGUAUCACCUGGACGUCCGUCCCUAGGAAAGUUGUUCAAUACGGCAAUGUAUUUCAUAUCAUCGUUUUGUUUCGACAGACAAAUAUGAUGAUUUCGUUUAAAAUGUUUAAAUCUUGCGCUUCAUUUGAACAAUGCAUCGCAUAGAUUUAUACAAUGUACUACCUAAACUAAAAACAAUUUACCGUCUCCUUUUUUCAUGAGUGAAUACGACGCUCUCGCAACUAA